AUGAAUUAUAAUAAUGGAUCAACAUAUGGUUAUGAAUACCAAACAUCAUCCUAUCAACAGGUCACCACAUUUAAUAGAGUCGGAAACGGUGCACAUACAAAUUCCAAUAAUAAUCGAUUUAUAAAUGGUCAAUUCAAUCAUCCUCCUCAAUAUCUACCACAUAACGGUCCUUCUUUUCCAGCAGGUUUCAAUGGAUCUAGUGCUCUUAUGCCUCCUUCAAAUUUUCCUCAACUUGGUUCUAAUGAUCUAAUCAAUGAUUUGGAAAGAUCUACAAAUAUGGAUAUAAAUGGUGAUGGACUUAUCGGUGGACAACGUAGUCAACCUCCUCAAUAUCAACCAAAUAAUGGUCCUCCUUUUCGUUCAGAAUUCAAUGUUUAUCUCGCACCUAAGCAUCCUCCGAAUUUUUCUCGACGUGGUUCUAAUGAUCUGAUAAAUGAUCUGGAAAGAUCUACAAAUACAGAUAUAGAUGGUGAUGGACUUAUUGGUGGACAACGCAGUCAGUCUCCACAUUUUUAUCAUUCAGCUAGUGGAGGUCAAAUCAAUCAACCACAAUAUCCUCCCAAUAUGAAUUUCAAUGUUGAUAGAAAUAUUAUGAGACCACCUGUACCCCUUCCAAAUAAUGCUUUUAAUCAUCCUCAUCACCACGGUAGUGGAGGUCUCAUGAAUAAACUGGAAAAAGUUACACAUAUUGACUUUAAUCGUGAUGGACAUAUUGGUGAUUAA